AACACAGGGGCAUGUCUAGUUUUAUAUUACAAAAAAUAGUCGGAAAUACCUAUAUAUAUUGACAAGGGAAAUAUCCUAUCGCCAUUGAAAUUCUGACCUAAUUUUUUAAAACUUAUUUUUCCGAACAAAAUAUCCACCUACCUACAUAAUCCUACUACCGAUCUCUUCAGGAGACUUCAAUCUAUCGGUUUAUACACGUUUUAUAUAUGUAAACAUCCAUCAUAGCCGCCGAAAUCAAACUUUAAUCGGCUCAUGCGGCGGAGACCAGCUGAAUUUUUCGAGCCUAAGACCACAUGACCUUCACCUCUUUCGGAACCUCUCGGAUGAUACUUUUGCGGCUAUGGGAGUGUCAUGGUUGUGUUCCAAGCUGAAAUAUGAUACAGAUGAGCCUGAAGAUGGAAUGGUCGAUAAGCAGCAAUUAUAUGAAUUGUACAAAAAGCAAUGUGACAAACAUUCAGUGAAAUCACUAUCUAUUACUUGUAUUGCUAAAAUUGUGUGUAAACUCUUUCCGGACAUUAAAUUUUCCAGAAUAAGGACAGGAGGAAAAAGUGGGUCCAACAACCGUAAAAAUGUGUUUAAAGGAAUAUCAUUCUGUGGUCUUUCUCAUGACAACAUAGAAUUUAUAACUGUUGAAAAUUUGCAACUUCAACUAGAUGAAUCAUGCUUUCUUUCAUCGAGAACUCACGAAUCGGCCAAUAUCUUGAUGCCUACAAACAUUUCUGCAAAUGGCAACAUGUUGAUGAAAGAAAUCUGCUUGAAUUUUUCCAACAUGAAAUGGCAGCUGAAUGUCCGUGGGAAAUCGAUUGACUUGUCAAAUCUCGGAAUAAGUGAUAAAUUUGAUCGGAGUGUCAGUAACUUCAAGACAAUUCUGCGCAUUGUGAAAAGUUUAGACUUGUGUGUAGGUUGUGACAAGGAUGAAAAAACUCCAGUACCUAAUCACAUACUAUGUGAACAUGUAACACUAUCUGAAAAUGGGCAACAGACCACAAUAAAAAAACUCAGAAGUCUUCAUUGUCUUGGUGUUAUAAGUUGGUUUUCAAUAAAAGAUGUCUGUUCAAGAUGCAGGCAUAAUUUGCAGUCAUUCAUUAGUAACCCGAAAGAAAAUGAAAAUACUGUGAACUUGGACGCUGUUUGUGACAAAGAUUCGGAACGCUUCUUGGCUGUACGACCACUGUGA